UUUCAUUCUCCUGCAAUUAAUAAACAUAUAUAGAAAGGAAAUGUUGCCACUGUUCUUUCUUGCCACAAUUGUGGUAGCUUCCCAAGGAUUGGACCUAGGUCCAACCCACCAAAUUCACCUUCUUCGGCCACAAGCGGGUUCUCGGGGUGACCCGGUGCCGGAUGUCUCAUGCCUAAGUUGGCGACUUGUGGUGGAAACUCGCAAUAUUAUAGGGUGGGCAACGGUUCCACAAGAGUGUGAAGGCUACGUUGGGCACUACAUGCUCGGCCACCAAUAUCGGAAAGACUCCAAAGUGGUUGUUAAGGAGGCUUUAGUCUAUGCUCGGAGCCUCAAGGUCACCGGAGACGGCAAGGAUGUGUGGAUCUUUGACAUAGACGAGACUACGCUCUCUAAUCUACCUUAUUAUGCGGAAAAUGGAUUUGGGGCGGAGCCCUAUAAUGCCACGUCAUUCAAGCAAUGGGUCCUUAAAGGCCAAGCACCAGCAUUGCCGGAGAGUCUGAAGCUGUACAAAAAGCUCUUGUCCCUUGGGGUUAAGGUUGUAUUCCUAACAGGAAGAACAGAAGACCAAAGAAGUGUCACCGCAGCCAAUCUAAAGCGUGUCGGAUGCCAUACUUGGGAGAAGCUUAUACUCAAGGGGUCAUCUUAUAGAGGACAGACGGCCGUGGUGUACAAAUCAAGUGAGAGAAAGAAGAUCGAGAAGAAUGGGUAUAGAAUCAUCGGGAACAUUGGGGAUCAGUGGAGCGAUCUCAUGGGGACUAACACUGGCAAUCGGACCUUCAAACUACCCGAUCCAAUGUACUACAUUAAUUAGUUGAUCAUACUUCAACUGUACGUGGUUUUC